AUGAGGAGCUCUUUGGAUCCCGAGAAGAAGGCGAAGCUCCUUAGAAUUCUCGAGAAGGAAAAUGCGAAGAAGUCCGCCGAGGCUAAGGUGCCUGUGAGGCGCGAGCCGGCCAAGUUCCGGCACACGCUCAUGCACGCGGCGGGCUACAGCAACGAGCCGAAGACCGAGGACGAGAAGCGCGCGCUCCGGGCCUCGCUUGUCGCGAAGCGCGGCACGAAGGUGUCGAUCGGGGGCAAGGCGUCGACGCAGGCGGGCACGACGGCCGCGGAGAGGUCGCAGAAGCGCGCGGGGGAGCGCAAGGCGUCCCCGCGGCGGCCGAACGACUUCGCGUACGAGGAGGAGAAGCACGAGCCGUCGUACGUUGCGCAGCUGGCCUCGCAGGCCCGCGAGAACCGCGCCCAGUCGGGCUGGGCGCUCAUGACCAACUUCGCCGACACGCUGACUCAGUGGGAGGACCAGGAGCGCCGCAAGGAGAAGCGCAAGGUCCAGGCGGAGCAGCGCAAGCUGCUGGACGCGCAGAUGGACGAGAUGAAGCGGAAGGAGGACAUGGAGCGCGAGGAGCGGCAGCGCGAGUACGACAUGAUGAAGCUGCAGGUGGAGGCGAACAAAGCCAAGGAGGCGGCGGCGGCGGCGAAGCUGCGCGAGGAUGGCCGGCGGCGCGCGGAGGACGCGCGGGAACAGCUGCGGCGCGCGGGCGCGGCGCGGGAGCGCCAGGCGGCGGCGCGGCGGCGCGCGGAGGAGGAGGAGCAGCGCCGGAUGGCGGAGCUCGAGGAGGCGGACAAGCGCGAGAAGGCGGCGCGCGUGGAGGCGGCGCGGCGCGACAUGGAGCGGACGCGCGCGGAGAACGAGGAGCGCAGCCGGCUGAAGCGCGAGCGGCUCGAGCGCGAGCACGCGGAGGAGAAGGCGCGGCUGCAGAAGCACCUGGAGCACCUGGAGGAGCUGGACCGGCAGCGGGCGAAGCGGCUGGAGGACUUCCACAAGAGCAUCGCGGCGCGGGCGACGCGCGCGGGCGAGAUGGCGGUGGCGGACCAGAAGGAGCGGGAGGAGAGGGAGGAGGCCAUGCUGGCCAAGUUCCAGCAGGAGCAGGACGCGCUGGAGGCGCGGAAGGCGGAGGCGCGGAAGGAGCUGGAGGCCAAGGUGCAGGAGGACCUGAAGCGGGCGCGCGCGGAGCAGAUGCGGCUGCGCGAGGAGGAGCGGCAGGCGGAGCGGGAGCGCACGCGGCGGUACGUCGAGGCGAUGCGCGCGCGGGAGGCCGAGGCCGCGCAGAGCGAGGCGGAGGAGGCGCGGAAGAAGCGCGAGCGGAACCUGAAGCACCGCGCGGAGCUCGAGCGGCAGAUCCGCGAGCGCGAGGAGCGCGCCGUGCUGGAGGAUGCCGUCAUGACGGUGCAGGAGGUGAAGCUCAACGACCAGAUCCUGAGCCAGGCCGAGGGGCUGCUCGGGAAGCCCGUGGUCGGGAAGCUCAUCACGCCGCGGGAGGACCUGCGGUACAGCGUGACGGGCCGGUUCGAGUGA